AGCAAACGCAAGGGUGCCAUAUUGGAUUCACGGCAGAUCAGCAAUAAUUGUUUCGCGUUUCUGCUGGCUGGUUACGAGACGACCAGUACAUCUUUAGGAUUUACCGCAUGGCUCCUUGCAAAACAUCAACGCCAGCAAGAAACACUUUUCGAUGAACUCAACGAAAACUUGCGCAAUUUGGAAGGUGAUGAGUUCUACGACACUGUGAUGAGUCUUCCUUAUUUGGAUGCAGUUUUUCACGAAGCUCUACGUAUGUAUCCACCAAUUACAUUCUUUGUGAAUCGAACUUGUACCAAACAAUGUAACGUCGAUGGGAUUAACUUCCGUCCUGGUAUUCAAGUUGCAGUGCCGAUUUGGAAUAUUCAUCGAGAUGCGAAAAAUUGGCCUCAACCUAAUGCCUUCCGACCAGAAAGGUUUUACAAACGAAAGGAUUAUCAUCCAAUGUCAUGGCUACCGUUCGGAAGUGGACCGAGAAACUGUGUCGGUGUACGGUUCGCAGCAAUGGAAUAUAAGCUCACACUCGCGCGCCUGCUUCUUCACUAUCGACUCGUCUUUGGUGCAACUUCAGAGGUUUGUUUGAGAUCGAUGCACAUGAGUCCACAUCAAUCCUCAAAGCACGUGGUGGAUUUAUAUCACAUUUUAUCGACUUUAACUAAGCAUCCGGUACAUAGCAAUAGACGUGAAUAA